AUGGCCGAGAGUACGGGACGAAAGUGAGGGAGGAAACAAAAACACUGGCGAGCUAUCCUUGCCGCGGAUGCCAGACCUGUAGAUCCGCUAAAGACAAGUGAAAGCAAAGACAAAAGCUCGGUAAUCGUUUCGUUCCAGACUCCGUUCUUGGGGUGACAUUUGCGGUAUGCAGACAAAUUGUGCUCCGAUCCAGCUCGCGGACGGAACGUUUGUCGGGUUGUCUGCGUUGGCUAGCGAGCUAGCGAGCUAACCAUGUUAGCUAGCUGACAACACCGUUAGCGAGAGAAUACGACUUCAGCAAGUGACAGUUGGUUAAUUUCUAAAUAAACAGUUGUUGCUACUACUUCGUUUCCAUUGUUCGAACAGUAAACUCCACCGAGUGGGGAAAAAAAAUCUGAUUUAGCGCCCGGUUAACGCUUAGCCAGCUGGUAAGCAAACUAACAUUGCGGAUUUCUUGUUCGCAGCUUCAGAGUUAGCAUUAGCCAACGUCUGUUAGCUUGCUCAGCUGUUUUGGAUGACUUGGGGUUGUUCCGACACAGUGGAGAUACACCAGCGUGUGUGGAAGGACAUUUUUCUCUCCACAUAGAAGUACCUGAAACGGUUCUCGGUAGGCCUGCGCAGCCAGGUGCUAACACUAACGGCACCGCAGCCGGGACUGUAAACACAGGUCAAGCCGAGGAGGUCUCAGCCCUGCGUUGUCGGACGAGGCGCAGCAUCACCAUGGCCCAUUCUCCAGUCCAGGGCAACCUGCCGGGGAUGCAGAAUGCCAAAGCUGACCCAGAGGAGCUGUUCACCAAGCUGGAGCGCAUUGGCAAAGGUUCGUUCGGCGAGGUGUUCAAAGGCAUCGACAAUCGCACCCAGAAAGUGGUGGCCAUCAAGAUAAUAGACCUGGAGGAAGCGGAAGACGAGAUCGAAGACAUCCAGCAGGAGAUCACAGUGCUGAGCCAGUGCGACAGCCCCUUUGUCACCAAGUACUACGGCUCAUACCUGAAGGACACUAAGUUAUGGAUCAUUAUGGAGUAUUUAGGUGGAGGCUCCGCGUUAGAUUUGAUGGAGCCCGGAGCUCUGGACGAGACCCAGAUCGCCACGAUCCUGAGAGAGAUCCUCAAGGGCCUGGAGUAUCUCCACUCUGAGAAGAAGAUCCACAGGGAUAUCAAAGCUGCCAACGUGCUGCUGUCCGAGCAAGGCGAGGUGAAGCUGGCGGAUUUCGGCGUGGCGGGACAGCUCACCGACACUCAGAUCAAACGCAACACCUUCGUUGGCACGCCCUUCUGGAUGGCCCCCGAGGUCAUCAAGCAGUCGGCCUAUGACUCUAAGGCUGACAUCUGGUCUCUGGGCAUCACAGCCAUCGAGCUUGCGAAAGGCGAGCCGCCGCACUCAGAGCUCCACCCCAUGAAGGUUUUAUUCCUCAUCCCAAAGAACAACCCACCCACACUGGAGGGCAACUACAGCAAACCGCUCAAGGAGUUUGUCGAGGCCUGUCUCAACAAAGAGCCCAGUUUUAGGCCAACUGCCAAAGAGCUGCUGAAGCAUAAGCUGAUUGUUCGCCAUGCGAAAAAGACCUCCUACCUGACGGAGCUGGUGGACAAGUACAAGAGGUGGAAGGCAGAGCAGUCCAGAACCACAGAGUCCAGUUCUGAUGAGUCUGACUCAGAGCAGGACGGCCAGGCGUCGGGCGGGAACGACUUUGGCAGCGACGACUGGAUCUUCACCAUCCGGGAGAAGGACCCCAAGAAGCUGCAGAACGGGGAGGGGCAGUCGGGGGCGGCGGACCAGACAAAAGACAUUCCAAAGAGGCCUUAUUCACAGAGCCUGGCCACUGUCAUCUCCCCUGCAUUAGCUGAGCUCAAGGCGAGACAGGAGCAGGUGAACGGGAACCCCAUGGUCCUGGAUGAGCUGAGGGAGGCCAUCCUGCUGGCUGAGGAGGCCUAUCCCGGCAUCUCCGAUUCCCUGGUGGCUCACAUGGUCCACCGGCUCCAGAGUUUCUCCACAAGCAGGACAUCCUCCUCCUCCCCCUAGUCAUUGGCUGUCUGCCCCAGCCCUGCUCUCCCAGGCCCCCCACCCCCCCAACACCACAGCCAUUUCAGAGGGUUAAAAGCCAGGGGUCAAGUCAUUCAAUACCAGCUGACCACGUUUGACCUCCCGUGUCGGGGGGCGGGGCUAAUGGAGCCUGUAAAAAUGACUGAACUCCAAAGCGGAGGAUAACAUAGAGACUCUGGAGAGCUUCUUUUAGCCAUGUGUGAGAGGAGAAGCUCGGGGGGGGCAGCAGAACCCGUGGAACCAGCUGUGAUGGGACACGACUCAAAGUCAGAGCAGCAGCCGAGGCGGACUCGAGGCAGACUCUGGGCUCUGUACACGCAGACUUCUCCACCCUCUGUGUGGAAUUUGCUCGACAAGGUGCCGAAAAUCCCCCCUACCCCCCCAAAGUCCAAGACAAGACUUCAAUCCCGCUCUUAAAUAUCCCAGAACCUCUGAAAGCAUGCUUGAUGAACCUGCAGGGAUAUUAUCUUAGUGUGCAAGCUGCGUGUGUGCGUGCUUAAAUGCACAACAUGUGUGUGGGCACCUGCGAGUGUGUGUGUGUGUGUGUGUGUGUGUGUGUGUGUGUGUGUGUGUGUGUGUGUGUGUGUGUGUGUGUGUGUGAGUGUGCACGUGUGCUCUUGCGUUAUGUAAGACUCCCUGUUAAGGCGAAUUGCAGCAUUCUUAAUGAAACCUCAGGUAAAGUGCUUUAAGUGGACUUUGUCCUCCGAGGCAGCGGGAGGAAGAGGAGGAGGAGGGGGGAGGGUCGCCAUGCUGUACAUGAUUACGAGUUGCGGGAAAUGAAUCACUGUGUACAAAAUGGUCACGCGCAUUUUGUAGAUAUUGAUGAUGUUUAAAAGUAGAUAUUUAAAGAUUCGCUCCGACAGACAGAACAGAAAAUGCCUUGCCUUUUCCAGACACACACCUCGACGUUCUGGCAUUUCACCCAGAGGUUCACUUUGUUUUCUUUUACUCGUCUGUGAGUGAAAGUCAGUAUUCAUCCGUGUUUUCUUACUACGUGACUGAGCUGCAAUCUUCCAUUCAAUCACCUGCUGAAUCGUCGAACUAACUACGAUACUGAGCUUACUUUGUUUAGAGGCAGAAGCUUUCCCUUUGUUUUUGUAGUCGGUGAUGGGGGGGGACUCCGACCUGUGCUUAUGUUUAGACAAUUUAAGUCAGUUUUGAAAUUGUUUAGGUCAAGGAUGGAGGUAGAUCUGUGGCUCUUAGAUAAGAAAACAGUGUGGAGUUGAGGACAGUUAAGAGGGGAACCACUAUGUGCGGCUGAGUGCUGAUAUCAUCUGAAGUAUUACUUUUCCUUGGCUUGUAGUUUAUCCUUUGCAUUACUUAAAAGCUGAAGUGGAGCAACUGGCGAGGACCGCCAUAGGCGAUCCCCACACUCGCUCGUGGCCAAACUAAAGCGCAGAUCAGGACGAGCCAAGCCGCCAAGAUCAACGCCAACCGCGUUUCCUCACUCCAGACGUUUCUGUUCUCACUUCCACACCAUGCUAGAAGUGCCAUGUCCUCUUUCAUGCUUUCAUCAGACGUUUGUAGUAUGAUUUGCACCUUUGUUUUUUAAAACUUCAGAUUUUUUUUUUUUUUUUUUUUGCACUUUGAGAGUGUGUCGAGUAUUUAAAGAAACCUGUUAAGAGGAAAAAAAAAGACGAAAACAGUUGCUAAUAGCCAUGUUUUACUAUAUAUGUUUACUUAAGAGUUCCAGAAUUUACUACUGUGCUAAUGCAGCAAUAAUGUUGAGGAGUUGCAUCAAGACGCACUUGUCAACACAGGGAUUGAAAGAAAUUAAGAAAUAUCUGAUAUUUUUAUAACUGCAAAGAGUUAAGUAUGGAAAUAUGGAAUGCUUUAUGGAUAUGGGCACCUGCCUCUGGCAAAAAAAAAUAUCUAUACCUUACAGAAAAACAUAUGCUACGGAAAUAAAAUGUGUACAUUUGGUCUCCUUUAUCAUAGCUGACAGUUUAUAUUACUGUAUAUAAUCUUUGCUUGUGUCAUUUGAGAAUUCCCAAGUUAAAUGUAAGCUCCUUGUAAGCUUUCAAAGUGACAUGAGAAAUAAAGAUCUAAUGCUAACGGA